AUGAUCAAUGCCAUCUGGGGUCUACCAAGACUUACCCAUUGUCAUUUAUAUAUAGGUUUUCAUCAAAAUGAACGAUUGUUUCCUAGAUUAAAUACGAUCUCAUCAUCACUUGAAUAUCUUUCUGUCGGAAAGUUCAGUUUGUAUUUGAGUAAAUUAGAUCAUCUAUUUCAACAAACACCUCAUCUUCAACAUUUUGAUGUACGUUUGUUCGAUGAUGAAUUCGAUCAACCAUUAUCAUGUUCUAUUCCAUUGAUGAUAACGUUGAAACUUAUUAUUCAAAAUUCGUUAUAUCAAUUAGACAAUUUUUUACAAAACUUGCCCAAUUUAUGUCAUUUGACAGUCGAGACAUUUGAUAUCGACUUGGAUGGACAACAAUGGGAACAAAUAAUAAUUGAUCAUUUACCCAAACUUGAAACCUUUCAACUUAAAAUGCAUAUUAAACUCGAAGAUGAUGAUGAUAAGCAACUAAAAAUCGAUAAAUUAAUUGCUUCAUUUCAAAGUUCGUUCUGGCUUGAUGAACAUCAAUGGUUUGUCCGAUGUCACUAUGUUGAAGAAUGUUGUCUAAAUAGUAUUAUACUCUACACAUUACCAUAUGCAUUUGGCUAUUUUGAUCCUAUAGUCAAGAUCUCAUCGAAAUCUACUUGUCCACAUGAAAAUGAUUAUUGGUCUUAUAAUCGUGUACAUAGUUUGAUCUAUCGUACUCCCAUAAUUCGAGAAUCAACUCUAUGUAAAAUUGCUUUUCCCAAUAUUCAUCAUCUUCGUCUCAGUCUUCCUUCUAAUGAUCAGUUUUGGUCUGUCAUUACUACACUCGAUCAAUUGAUUUCACUUGAUCUAGCACUGCACGAUGAUGACUACAAUAAUGAUGUUCGAUCUCAAUUGCAAGUCGUUCUCGAUCGAGCCCCUCGUCUCUACUCCUUAGCUUUCAGGUCGUGGUCAGAUUCUCAAAUGUGUCUUGUUGACAAUAGAAGUUUGUCAGUUCGUCGACUUGAUUUACAAGGAUAUGAUGAAGAUUGGCUUGUGGAGCGAUGGUUCAACGAUGAAGAGUGUGCUAAAUUGUGUUGCUCAUCACUAGGUAUUCAAUGUGAAGUACUUCUUAUUCGAGUUGAACAUCGUACAACUAUCCUUGAUCUUGUCAAUCGAAUGACAAAUCUUCGAGCAUUAAAUAUUAAGUGUCGAGAUGAUCCAUUCAAUGAAACCAAUGAUCGAUCAUCAUUCACUGAAGAUGAACUCGUCAAAUGGUUGAAAGAAUGUUUGCCAUCGACGUGGACGAUUGCAAGACACCCGGCUGAUAUUGAUCAAAAUGAAUUUCGUAAUUGGAUUUCAAAUGCAGAAGGAUUAAAUUCUGCAUCGUAUGAAACAUCAACUAGUGGACUUAUUCUUCAUGAUAAUGUUACUAAUUGCAUUGGCGGAAACGAAUAUAGUUUUAGUUCUCAAAAUGCUUUUGAAUCGACGGCUGACAUAAAUACUUCAUAUGGAUUGCCGACAGCAUCCGGUGAAUUGUUUGGUGAUACAGCGAUUCAUACAAGUAGUGUACACCAACCCAACCAAUAUCUUUCACAAUCAGCCAAAAAUAUUUAUUUUGAUCCUGAUCCACAAAUCGUUCGACGGGCAACAACUGAAGGUCCGAUAAUAUAUCAACAAAAAAUUCUUGUUCGAUUUCUUCAACCACCAGCUAUUCCACCACCAGGACCACUUAUUAUUAAAGAAGUGCGUCCAGUACAGCCACCUCCACCCCUACCACUUAUUGUACGUCAACGUGCACAACCUCUUCCUCCACCAUCUCCACUUAUCUUACGUGAACGUCCACCAAUACCACCGACAAUAAUUGCUAGUCAAACAAUUAUUCGCCGUUUACCUGCUAGACCUGUUCCACCACGAUCAGUUAUUAUUGAACGUAUUCCACCUCCUCCACAAAAACCACGUGAUAUCAUAAUUGAACGAUGGAUUCCCUAUGGGCCUCAACCGAAACGUCGUACCAUUGUUCAACGUGCUCCUGCUGCUGUACCAUAUCCACAACCACGUAAUAUAGUCGUUGUUUAUGAAGCUGCUCAAGCACAUAUAAUGCGACAAUUUAAAAAACUUGGCAUAAUUCAAGAAAAUCCUCAAGCUUAUAUAGCUCGUUAUGGGUCAUCACUUUUAGAUUCUGCAACACUUAUUCAAGAGGCUCGUAACGCUGGUGUUGUUGAAGAUAUCUCGCCUCCUGCAAUACCAUCUUCAAUAUAUGUUGGUGCAAGUGGAAAUCCUGUCGAUUUUGAUCUGUCAAAUACAACAGCUGGUCAAAAUUUUUCAUCAUUAGGUGCAACUGUUUUCGAUGGAAUUCAACUAGUUGAUGAUAGUGCUUUAGUUGGCAGUGUUAAUAUAGCUAAAGGUGAAUUUGAUGUAGAUGGUACAAGUUUUACUACUACUGCUGAUAUUAACCAUGAUGGACAAUUAAAUCAAACAGAAUUUCAACGAUUUAUUCAAAGUCAUAUUUAA